AUGGCGGAGGCCUUCCGGUCCGCACCCGAGAUCGGGCUUGCGCGUGGCGACGACACCGGGGCUGUACGUGGACGGAAUGGCUACGAGAACUAUGGGGCUAUCCGCACCAAGCCCGGAAGAACCGACAGCCCACCAUCCAUCUCGUUCUCGUGCUCGGACAAGAUUGCAUCAUGGAGCGUGCUGGGUCUCCAGGGAGCCCUCCUUUCGCAGCUGUUCGAACCGGUGUACCUGGAUCAUAUUCUGGUUGGAGGAGUUGAAGAGCCCCCAGCGGGUGUGAUACCAGCGGGCAGUACUUGGGAGAACAUGGUCACAGCUGAGGCUGAGCGUGCGCUGUGGGGUCGCCUGGACGGCGUCAAAGGCGUAAAACUCACUACUACGGCAUUCCCCUUCUCCAAGACCACUGUCCUAGCGUCCCACCAUGAAUCUGGCGCGCCGAGCACAAGCACAGUCAGUCUGUCUUUCGUCCCUGGCCUUGGCAAGGCAGAGGUCAUAAUCAACGGGUGCGCUCAAGGCUCUGGGUGGAAGGCGCCUGGCCACACGCUUCUCAAGGACAAGAUGCGCUCGAGGUUGAGCAAGAUUGAGAUGAUGAGGGCCUUCCUCGGUCUCAAGCAAGUUAUAGCACAGCAAGUAGACGAUAGCGCCACGUACUUUGAGCUCAAGCACCAGGCCGAGGCAUACCAACUCGCCAAGGAGGCUAUUCGUGGUAUCCCAAGCGAACCGGUGUCUUUGGCGUGGGCCGCGAUGUUGCCACACAAGGAGUUCAAUACCACGACUGGCCGUGGAGAGUCUGAGCCACCCUUCGCUGGGUGGAUCGUUGGUGGUCAGCGGUACGAGUCGUUCACGUGCGCUGGUUUCCUGAAGGAUGAAGGGAGGUGA